AUGAUUUCUUUUUUUUUCUCUUCUUUUCAGAACGAGAAAAUGUCAUCAGAGAAACAAUUGUUUUUGCUGGAGAAGGCCAAACAAGAAUGUUAUACCCGGAUGAAUACAGAGCCACCCAAGUUUUCAAAUGGUCUGUGGUGCAAUCGGACCUGGGAUGGUAUUAUGUGUUGGAACGACAGUCCUGCAUCAACAGUGAUGAAACAGCAAUGCCCCUCCUAUAUUCACGGUUUUGCUAAAAACAAUUUUGCAUACAAGAAAUGUACAAACAGUGGCACUUGGUAUCGAAAAGCAGAAACCAACAAAACUUGGACAGAUUACACAUCCUGCAUCGACAAGUUAUCAACAGGAAUCCCCGUUGAAUUCUUCUUUUUCUCUCUCUUUUUCUUUAUCCUCCUUUUUUCGGUUCUCUAUUCAUGUAAAUUCCUCGCUUAUUCGUUUUCCUAUUCUAUUUUCUUCUUCCCCCCUUUUUUUUCUUUCUCUUUGGAAUUUUCCACAUGUUACUUUAUUUCUUAA